AUGUCCACUCUUCAUACAGAACCAUUAGAACAAGAAGAUCAAGAUGCCAUUAUUCUUGAUGCUAGAUCUGGAGAUCUAGAAUCAUUGAAGGACAUAUUUACAACGUUAAUUCAUCCAAAAUUACUACUUACGAUUAAGGAUUCCGAGACAAAAUCCACACCUCUACAUAUGGCAGCAGGUAAUGGACAUGUCGAGGUGAUUAAAUAUCUUCUAUCAUUAAUUGAAGGUAAGGAGAAUCAAACUAAAUACAUAAAUCAAGUUAAUGAUACAGGCAAUACGGCUUUACAUUGGGCUGCAUUAAAUGGAAAACUAGAUGUUGUAGAACUUAUUUGUGAAGAAUAUGAUGCGGAUCCGUUUAUUAGAAACCAAUUUGGUCAUGAUGCUAUUUUUGAAGCUGAAAAUAACGGCAAAGAAGAUGUGGAAACCUACUUCUUGAAGAAAUACGAUGUCGAGCCUGAAAAUGAUGAUGAAGACGAUAAUGGUGAAGAAAGUACAGAGGAUAAUAAUACAGAAGAAGGAGAAUCAUUCCAUGUGGAAACCAAAGAAGGACAUGAGAUUGAACAAGUGACAAAGGAAGCCACUGAAGCUCUCAGGGAACGCACUGAAAAACUAGCAUCGAAUAAAACGUCAUCAACAUAUUUCCACCGUUAUAUAUUUUAA